AUGGUCAAUGCACUUCCACAUAACCUUCUUAGAAGAGCCAUCGGCUUUAUACAAUGUCCCCCACCAGAUGGUUCAAUAACCCAACCACCCUUACUUCAAGUAACACUUUCACCCGAAGUUCCUGUCGCUGGACAAAAGGAUAAAGUUACGAUUUCCGGAAAAUUUGCGGAAGAUAUCACCGAAAGUACCGAAAUUGCGAUUGCAUUUGUUGAUAUGGAUCGAAAUCCCUUAGCAGAUCCAGCUAAAUUUCCUGCUUGUACUGGAAGUGGAUGUUCAAUUAAAGCUGGUGACCAGUAUACCAAAACGGUGGAAAUUCAAGCACCAGAUAGUAUACCUAAAUUGACCUUUAUGAUGAUUGCUAUGGGUAAUUCAAAUAUUGAUGUUAUAGGCUGUGCAUAUGCCGAAGUUUAA